UCACGCGAUACGGAGAGAGCAUUGUUUGGGUUGGAUUCUUGAUGCCACAAUAGUUGAAAUGAGUGUUGUAGGAAGGCGAUUUGUUUGUCGGGCGCUCGCCUCUUCAAGCCCUUUCAGGAGGGCGAAGGUGGUGCCUUGCUCUCGAUGGACCUGCGCUGUUUCGAGCAUAAGACCCCUUUUUACAGGACAAUCCUGGACAGAGAACAAGACAGCCAAACACGACCCCAAAUCAGCCCAGCAGUUCUCAAAGGAUGUCUUUAAGAAACUAGGACCAUUCUGGUUACGAGACAAUUGUCAGUGUGAAAAAUGCCAUCAUCCUCAAACCCGUCAGCGGGAGGUAGACACUUUUGCGAUUCCUCCAGAUAUAAUUAUCAAGAAAGUCAUCUAUGCAGCGGAAGGCCUUGAAGUGGAAUUUUCGGAUGGACAUAUGGGGUUCUACACAUAUGCAUGGCUCAAAGCCAAUGGUACUAAAAAACCGAACAGUGUGCUUCGAGCCGAUCAUACAGCCAAACCCAGACCUUAUCAUCCAUUCACGGGAACGGGGCCAUAUCCCACGGUGCUAUAUGACGAUGUUAUGCAGGACGACAAGGGCUUGUUGCAGUGGCUUGAUAAGAUUUAUAUCUACGGGUUCUGUUUCGUCAUAGGUGUUCCUGUGACAACUCGGGACACUGAGAAGCUUCUCGAAAGAAUUGCUUUCAUCAGGCCUACACAUUAUGGGGGCUUCUGGGAUUUCACGUCUGAUAUGAGUUUUGGGGACUCUGCGUAUACAAGCCAAGGUCUCGGUGCACACACUGAUACCACAUAUUUCACGGAUCCUGCGAGACUCCAGUUAUUCCAUCUUUUGUCUCAUACCGACGGCGAAGGGGGCGCUAGCCUGCUCGUUGACGGGUUUCGAGCAGCCGAGACGCUGCAGAAGGAGAAAAAGACGCACUACGCCCAGCUAAUGCGCCAAAGCCAGCCUGCUCAUGCCAGUGGCAACGAGAAUGUCUGCAUACAGCCUAUACACGAAUUUCCGGUGCUCGAAAUCCACCCGCAAUUAGAACAGCUCUACCGGAUCCGUUGGAACAAUUACGACAGAGCACCGAAGACGAACUGGGGGAUCAAAGACUUGAAGCAGUGGUACAAUGCGGCGCGACACUGGAACGAGAUUAUCAGCCGCGAGAAAUUCCAGAUCUGGACACAACUCGAACCGGGAACCGCUCUAAUCUUCGAUAAUUGGAGAAUGCUCCACGGGCGUUCAGAAUUCACUGGAAAGCGGAGAAUGUGUGGUGGUUAUAUCAAUAAUGACGAUUUUCUCUCUCAAUAUCGUCUUCUCAAGUUCGGCCGAGAACACGUCCUCAACAAUCUUGGUAAUUGGCAUGGUGAAGGUCACAAAGAAGCCAACCCGAACUUCCUGAUAUAAUAGGCCUGCGAAUUCUGGUCAUGCUCAGAUACUGUACAUAGACCAUGCGUGGAUGAUGUGUUCAUAGCAAGCGAUAGUGACUGAGCGAGGGAAAGCAUGCUCCGUUGCAGAGGCGAGUGAGAGUGCAAAGCAGUAGACGCAAUGCUUUAAGUGUGGUCAGGAGUCUCCUCUACCCACUGUGGGUCAAGCUGGCAUGUAGGGUCUGAGUCGAAGGAUAAUCGCAAUUGUAUAC